AUGAAGUUCUCUACCGUUGCUGCUGUUGCAUCCACCUUCGCCGUGGCUGCCAAUGCUGACGUUGAUGCCGCUCAAGCUACUGCCUUGGACGCUCUAUUCUUGGAUAUCAAGAGCUAUCAAGAGGAGUAUGUUUCUUAUCUCGCAGAGGCUUCUGCUAUCGAUUUCCCAACCGUCUUGAUUGGUAUCUAUACUGCUAUGACUACCUACACUGAUGAUGCUUACACCAGUUUGUUCUCUACUGUCGCUCAAAGUCAAUUCUAUGAAGUCGCUUCUUUGGCAGAGAACCUUCCUUGGUAUACAUCAAGAUUGGAGGCUUCUAUGAGUGCCGGAAUUGAAGAGACAGCUGCUGUCGUCUCGUCUCAGGCUGCUACAACUGCUGUUGCAUCUUCUGUCGCUGUUUCAAACAGUACUGUUGCUUCUUCUUCUGCUUUCGAGAACACCACAGAAGUUGCUUCCUCUUCUGAGGCCGAGUCUUCUGCUGCUGCAACUUCUGCCGCCGCUAGCUCUGCAGCUUCUAACUCAACCACUGCUGCUUCUUCUUCCUCAAGUGCUGGUGCCAAUGCAGUUGCUCCUGUUUACGCAGGUUUAUCUCUCGGUGCUUCCUUGUUCGCUUACAUGCUUUUGUAA